UCUAUCUAUCUAUCUAUCUAUCUAUCUAUCUAUCUAUCUAUCUAUCUAUCUAUCUAUCUAUCUAUCUAUCUAUCUAUCUAUCUAUCUAUCUAUCUAUCUAUCUAUCUAUCUAUCUUCUGAUUGUCUGUAUUGCCUUCAAAACCUUUAAACUUUAAGCUUUAAAACUACUUUCAACUUCUUCAAACUUUCUGGUCCAGCUUUCUCAAGCCAACUUCAAAGUUUGUCUCAACAAACAUUUUUUUUUUUUUCGUAUUAAAAGUAUGCCUAUAUAGAUUUUAUUCUUUUUUAAUUUUAGUUGUUUUAGCUCUUCACCUUAGAAAAACUUUAAUAUUAUUUAAAGUUUUUUUAUUUAAUAUUUUAUUUCAAGUAAUGACAAGUAAUGUUUUUUUAUGGUUUUAGUUUUAGUUAACAAUAAUUACCCUCAGUGGAAAAUACUACACAAAAUACUACUACUACCCAAAAUAUCAAACUGACUGUCAAAGUUUACCUGUAAUGAAUACAUUUUUAUAAACUUUCCAGAAAUGAUUGAACAGAUCUAGCAAGCUUUACUUAGUUUGAGCUUGAGAAGAGAAAAUUCUGCAUCUCUAAAUGUAUUUAUAGGCUUAAUAUGUUGUGAGAUCUCAAAUUACAUCUCAUUCCUGUUAGACUAUAUGAUAGUUUUUAAAUGGUAUUAACUAUUAAUAUUAUUGUUCAAUAUAUACUAACCAAUGUAAUAUGAAUAUGGUGUGUCUAAUUUGACAAUCAAAUGCUAACAAACUGAAAAAUGUUUUUCGUGUGAAGAUAAAAGAUGUUUGGCAUUAUACUAUUUCUACACUAUGGCAUUUUAUUUUGGCAUUACAAUGUUCUGAAAUGUAUUCUUUGGAAUCUUUAGCACGACUGUGAAUGUUGGUUUGUAAUUAUUGUAAAGACUCUGUCAUGUAUGAUAAACAAAAACAAAAAAAAUGAUUGAAGCUUGUUACCUCAAACAAUUGUGACACGGCUACUAACGUGCAUAUGAAUAUAUCAUAAUUUGACUAUAUCAUUGAAAAUAAAUUUGGAAACAACUUUCACGUCAUUUGUCUUUAAAAUCAUUAUGAAGUCCAGAAAUGCUGAUGCAGUUCACAGGCCAUCACAUGGGAAUGUUUGUCAGCAUGUCCCCAAUCUCACAUGCAAUUACCAAUGGCCAUCCCAGCCAUGGUCAUCCUUAAGCCUCGCAUUCACAGUGAGCUGGAUUAGUCACAGUUAAUAUCAAUAAGAUGGAGUUGGUGGGGCGUGUCUGAUCCCAGGCCAGUACAAAAGCCUCCGGAGGGUGCCCACCUCACUCUUAGGUCCCAGUGUCGUGUGUCUGUGAGAAGCGAAACGCUCGCCUGCACAGCAGACCAGUUGGGUUUCCUGACAGAGUAGCUCCAGUCCAGCUCUCCACAACAAUCCGUUCUCAGUUAAGCGAUGGGGAAUUCAACGGGCAGCACCGUGGACGACCUGCAGGCCGUUGAAAUGCAUCUGUGGUAUAAGAAGUUCAUGACUGAGUGUCCAUCUGGUCAGCUCACGCUGCAUGAGUUCAAACAGUUCUUCGGGCUCAGAGGUCUGGAUCCAGAGGCCAAUGCCUACAUCGAGCAGAUGUUCCGCACAUUUGACAUGAACAAGGACGGUUAUAUAGACUUCAUGGAGUACGUGGCCGCCCUCAGUCUCGUAAUGAGAGGGAAGAUGGAGCACAAACUGCGCUGGUAUUUCAGACUUUACGAUGUUGACGGCAACGGCUGCAUAGACAGACACGAGCUCCUGAAUAUCAUAAAGGCCAUCCGCGCCAUCAACGGAAGCGAGACACAGGAAGUGAGCGCUGAGGACUUCACAAACCGAGUGUUUGAUAGGAUCGACAUCAACGGAGAUGGGGAGCUUUCACUGGAGGAGUUUGUAGCAGGGGCACGCAAUGAUGAAGACUUUAUGGAGGUGAUGAUGAAGAGUUUAGACCUCUCGCACAUAGUGGCCAUGAUCCAUAACCGGAGACACAGCGUAUAAGAGACUGUCCACCCUUACAGUCUCUUGAUCAGAAAGCAACUUCACCUCCACUGUCUAAUGCUAAAAACACAAUCAUAUUAAAGAGAGACCGAGCUAAAGGGGCCAAGAGAUGAAAUUGGUGUGGGACGUCCCACAUCUAAUACUGACUGUUUCCCAAACACAGCCUUCUCGCUAAGCGAAAGUGGCUUCAUGGGAAAAGAAUCAGUAUGAAGUGGAUGUCCAUUUAGAGGGCUUUAUUUUCUUAUUUAUUAUUUGCAAAAAAAGAGAAGACACAUUUUUAAAUAUAUAUUUAUUUAUUGUUUUAGAUGGCUGAGACAUUUAUAAAUAUUUGACUAAGUGGUUGUUGACAUACAUUUAUUCAAAAGUUUGGGGACGGUCAGAUUUUGUGGGCCUAAUGUUUUUUUUUUAAAUAAGUCUCACUAAGGCUGCAUUUAUUUAAUUUUUUAUGGAAACUUAUGUAUUUUUUCCUAAUUUUUUGAUAAAGUUCGAAAGAACAGCAUUUAUUAGAAACCAAAAUCUUUUGUAAUGAUGUAAAUGUCAAAUUUGAUCAAUAAAAGUAGACAUUUAUUUAAAAAAAGAAAAACUUACUGACCCCAAUCUUUUGAACAAAAGUAUGUCCACUUUAAAGUUUUAUUUUUUUUUUACGAAUGUUCAAGGGAAGGUGUAUAUUUUUGGUACUGUAAAGGGUCACCGUUUUUAAUACAUUUAUCUUUUUUGCCAUUUUAAAAGCAUUUUAGGGCAUUUUAAAUGUGAUGUACCCCCGGUUUCACAGACAAGGCUUAAUCUAGUCCCAGAUUAAAUGCAUGUUUGA